GGGAUUCUGUCGAUGUCAUUUCUAGGACCCCUGGUUUGCUGCCUCGGGUGGGAUUUUUGACCUUCUGUGGGUAGUGCCAGGCCAUCCAAGAAAUUCACGACACGGCAUCGUCGAGACUAGAGAUAACAAAUGCAUCUUUUCUCUUUUGGAUUUUUCUCUUGCGAAUUAGAUACCAUUUGCACUUCUCCUCGACCACUUUUCACGGGCUGCUCUCCUCUUGCCUCCCUGAAUUCUCGGCCCUCAGAGAAUUUCUCGCACUCAGCAGAAGUUGGCACACAUUGAUUCGUCUCUCGAAGCAAUUGCCAAUCCAGCCGCUCCCAGGAACCGCACUCUGUUACAUAGAAGCGGGGGAGGACAUUGAAAAUCUCUGCUUAUUAGUGCGUGGCCUUGGAGGCGUCUUUCGAGUUUGACAGUGUGGGGUCUCGACGAGGCUGGUCAACGAAAUCGAAAUCAAAAGGUGGUCACGAUGUCGACGCCAUCCGAAGCCGGGUCGAGUCUGCCACUCAGACCAGCACUCAAGGGAAGUGAAACGGACGAGCCUUUGAGUCCAAGAAGUGGUCCUGCCAAAGUCGUCUCAAUCUCAGAACCAGAGAACAUCCCAAUGCUCUCGACCCAAGACGAGCCGACUCGGGUCAAACAGUUCAAGGCAGGCAUCGCAGACAAAAGAAUGACAGGUCGGCCAAUUAUGCCUUUGAACUCUUCUUCCUCGAGGUUGUCUCUCUACAGCCAGAGCAGCAUUGAUGAGUCGGUGCCAGCGUCCGAUACAUCUGGUACAUCGAAGCACCAUGCGAGCAAACACCAUCACCACAAUCAUAAUGGUCAGCCCCACCACGAGAAACUCAUUGCACAAGUUGCAGAAUGGUUGCAGGCAGAGAAAGCAAAGAGAGCUGCCAGGAAGGCAAAGAAGAGGGGCAAGGGGCGCCAUGAGGAAACAGAAGAGGAAGAUAAGCCAACCACGCGACGGAGAGCCUCCAGUCAGAGCUCCGACUCGAGUGCCAUUUCACUGGAGAGGCUACAAAGAAUAUUGGAAGACAACAUGAGUUCUUUCGGGCUGGAUCGUUUGCCAAUCAGCUCUCCUACUCUUACACCCAGCAGGCUCUCUCACCAUCCUGUGAGACGUCAUUCUUCCGCAAAGAAAUUGGGAGGCCUCGUAAGCUCAGAUACAGACUAUCAAGAUGGUGAUGUGAUUGUACCGUCCUGUGAUGUUGUCCUUGACAACUCGAAGACGAUGUCAUACACAGGCGGUGUUACAGAAUCGUCUGGUGAUACUGUCACACUUAGUACCUCUAAGAGAGCUGAGAAAGAACGCAAAGCAUGGUUAUCAUUCAAGAGUGAGAUCCUGCGACUCGCUCACACGCUGAGGUUAAAGGGGUGGAGAAGAGUACCAUUGGAAAGGGGAGGCGAGAUUGAGAUUGAACGCUUGAGCGGUGCUCUCACAAAUGCCGUCUAUGUUGUCUCACCACCUAAAAACCUCGAUUUACAACAAGGCACAGAUUCCCAACCUAAGCCACAUCCUCACAGACCACCUCCUAAGCUUCUUUUGCGGGUCUAUGGCCCCCAGGUCGAGCAUCUCAUUGACCGAGAGAACGAGCUUGGCAUUCUACGCCGUCUUGCCCGCAAGAAAAUCGGCCCAAGAUUGCUCGGAACAUUUACGAACGGAAGAUUCGAGGAGUUUUUCAAUGCACAAACAUUGACGGCUGCCGACCUCAGGGUUGAGGACACAAGCAAGCAGAUUGCAAAGAGAAUGCGUGAGCUGCAUGAUGGAAUGGAACUUCUUGAGCGAGAAAGAGAAGAGGGACCUUUCGUCUGGUUGAAUUGGGACAAAUGGGACAAUCGCUGUAAGGAGGUGAUCAGCUAUCUUGACAAAGAGAUUUUGAAUGGGAAAAAAGGAAGAGGAGAGCUUUGGAGAAGGAGGGGCUUUGUUUGUGGAGUUGAAUGGCCACAAUUCAAGGCUACAAUCGACAAGUACAGGAAGUGGCUGGAUGAGUAUUAUGGGAAAGGCGGUGUGAACAGGAACUUGGUAUUUGCUCACAAUGAUACUCAAUAUGGCAACAUCCUUCGCCUCAUACCAGAAGCUGCCACGCCGGGCUCUACCCCUUCACCACUCCUCCUUCCUCAAAAUACGCACAAGCAACUGGUAGUUAUCGAUUUCGAGUAUGCCUCCGCCAAUACUCCUGGCCUAGAAUUCGCAAAUCACUUCACAGAAUGGUGCUACAACUACCACGACCCCAGCAAGCCCUGGGCCUGUAACACAGACAACUACCCCACAAUCGAGCAACAGACAAUAUUCGUCAGAUCGUAUGUCAACCACAGACCGCAAUUCAAUCCUAGGGCUUCCGCAACGCCGAAGAUGAGUGCAAUGGAUGGCUUAGCGAAGGGAAGCAUCUCAGAAUUUCUACUGGAUUCUCGAACACCGGGUGGCAGCUCGACAGAGUUGUACAAUUAUGCAGAAGACGAGGCACGAAGAGAGAGAGAGACCGAACGCCAAGUCCAGGAGUUGCUCAAGGAGAUCCGAAUCUGGCGCGUUGCGAACAGUGCUCAGUGGGUCGCAUGGGGUAUCGUGCAAGCCAAAGUCCCCGAGCUCGAUGGUCCUACCCCCGUUAUUGACGGCGCAGAGAUUGCAGAAGAGCCCGCCACUACCUCCGGCAAGGAGAAUGAAAACCCCAAUUUGAAAGUAAAUGGUGUUCAUUAUGGAGUCGAGAAGAGACCAGAAGGGAUGAAAGCUGAGGCUCUCUUAUCUAGGGAGAACCCAAAGGAAAUGGAGGCUUUAGAAGACGAGGAAGAUGAAUUUGAUUAUUUGGCAUAUGCGCAGGAUAGGGCGUUGUUUUUCUGGGGAGAUGUGGUUGGAUUGGGGAUCGUGAAGAAUGAGGAUUUGCCUGAGGAGUUGGUGAGACGGCUGAAGGUCGUUGAUCACUAGAUCGACCACGGUUUGGAGAUAAGAUCAGAUGUGUAGGUGCGAAUUUGAUUGACGGGCGAGCAACGUUUAUGAGAAUGAUAGAGCGAGAUACCAAAGAGCGAGAUGACGAGAUAAAUGACUUCCACUCCAUCCCUUUGGUCUUAUGCACUUCAAAUCCUUGCUAGGUUCCGAUGAUCUUAUAAUGAAUGCCUCACGGUGGACAGAAAUAGUGUCACG